CUUGGGUUUUGCUCCCUAGGAGCCCUGAAAUAGCUUUGGCCAGAAUUCCACAUCUCCCAUUAGAACCUCUGCUUUGUGUCCUUUGUUAACCUCCAAGUCUACUUGGUGAAAACGGCCCACGAAGAAGUGACAAGGACUUUGUUCCUAGUGUGCCGGGUUUGGGCACCAGUGCUGUAGUGGCUUUCUCUGCUGCUCCUUGUGCAUCAGCAGACAGAUGUGGUUCACAUAGGAAGAAGGACUAAUGUAGGCAAAGAUUUGCUCUUUCUUCAGCAGCUCCGGAAAGACGGCGGCCUGGGUGAUUCACCACUCCUUCCUCACGUCCUUGAUUUUAUUUGAACUGAGCUCUAGAUGCUCCUCCCACCCUUUUCCUCUUGGAAGCCAAACCCCUUUGUAAUCUGUAUAAGGCCCACACCGCAGGAGCUGAGUGAUUGCAGAAACUGGCCUUCCAUCUCUCUCAGACACCAAGCUGCAGAUCCAGGCUUUUCCGGGAAAGUGAGGCCACCAUGGCUCUGGAGAAGUCUCUUGUCCUGCUCCCCCUGUUUGUCCUGAUGCUGCUGGUGCUGGGCUGGGUCCAGCCUUCCCUGGGCAAGGAAUCCCGGGCCAAGAAAUUCCAGCGGCAGCACAUGGACUCAGACAGUUCCCCCAGCAGCAACUCCACCUACUGCAACCAAAUGAUGAGGCGCCGGAAUAUGACACAGGGGCGGUGCAAACCAGUGAACACCUUUGUGCACGAGCCCCUGGUAGAUGUCCAGAAUGUCUGCUUCCAGGAAAAGGUCACCUGCAAGAACGGGCAGGCCAACUGCUACAAGAGCAACUCCAGCAUGCACAUCACAGACUGCCGCCUGACAAACGGCUCCAGGUACCCCAACUGUGCAUACCGGACCAGCCCGAAGGAGAGACACAUCAUUGUGGCCUGUGAAGGGAGCCCAUAUGUGCCAGUCCACUUCGACGCUUCUGUGGAAGACUCCACCUAAGAUCAGAGCGGCGAGAUACCCCACCUCCCUCAACCUCAUCCUUUCCACAGCUGCCUCCUCCCUCUUCCUUCCCUGCUGUGAAAGAAGCAACCCCAGUCAGGGCUCCUAUUCAACACACGCAUGCUUCCCUUUCCUGAGUCCCAUCCCUGCGUGAUUUUAGGGGUGAAGAGUGGGUUGUGAGGUGGGCCCCAUUUAACCCCUCCACUCUUUCUUUCAAUAAAACACAGUUGCAAACACC